CUGCGGAUCCCUGCAGCUCAGUGACGCUCAGCUGCUCGCCGUCUCACUUCAUCAAGAUAUCCCCGUACAAAUAUCUACGCGUCAACCUAUCAUCGAUUUGCGCAGUCCCUGAUCUUGCACCGUGCAUGGAAGCGAUAUCUGCAUAGAUGACUGCGACAUGACGGUGUACAUCGAUUACUGCCAAAAUGUCAAAAGCGAAACACACCAAGGUGCAGAAGAUAUGCACACUCUGGACUCAUGACGAGAACUUUUCCCGCGAUGACAUUGUCUUCAACAGCGACAAAUUUCCAGAGCUUCCAAACACACCAGGAACAUUGCUACAGAUAGUAGCUGCCAUCAACACUGGAACGGCUGUGCGAGACUUCUCAUCAAGCGCUAAAGCUCACGAUUCACCUCAAGCCAAGGCAGAGACUCCGUUGAAAGAUGCCACCGAUUCCCAGUCACGCAAGAGUCGGAGAGGGUCGUUCUCGCGAACUAUCGAUGAGAAUGGAUCUGCUGGCCACGAUGUGGACUCGGAGAAGACCUACAUCUUCGCGGCGAUGCCACUUCCACAGGAUCUCAAAGCGAAGCAUGCAUAUCUCCAGGUUUCGAUCGCCGAGAAGAUCGCCAAAGUCUUUGGCUUUCGGAAUCGCAUGCAGGUCAUCAUCACGGAGGCCGAUGAAGCUAGACAUGAAGCCCAUCAUGUCGAGCUUGUCUUCCGCGAUGAAUACCUUGCGCGAGCAGACAUGUGGCGUAUGGCCAUAGCGGAACUCAGCAAGCGAACUGUUUAUCGUGGCCAGAAAAUUCUGUUCAUGGGAACCAUCAAAGCGACCGUAAAGCAAAUCUACAUCGACGGACAAUCUGUGAAUUCUGGAUACUUCUCGCCAGCUACCAAGCCGAUCUUCCGUAGUGAGUCUGCCCGUUAUGUCCUGUUCAUCCAAAUGUCACGAGAGAUGUGGGACUUCGACGCCGAGGGCGCCGGCGAGAUCAUGUUCAACAAAGUCGUCAGCGGCUUCCUUCCCGAUUUGUUCAAAAGGUGGCUCAAGAUCAAUGCAAAACACGUGGUCACGAUCAUCCUUUUUACGCGCAUGCAAUAUGAUGGGGAAACCUCAGUCGAUUGCCGCGAUCACAAAACCAGCCAACAUGAUGCAGAAGCGAAUGCAGGCACCUUCAGGGACUACUAUAGAGUCGUUGUCAGUGAUAUCGCUAGUGGAGAUUGGAUCAAGAUCUUGCAUCAGUUAAAGCUCGAGUUCCGAACAUUCCUUCGGGAAGUGUCACUGAUAGCCAAGCCUACCGCAGAGGGAGUUGCUGCGUCGGGCGAUCGGAAUGAGACUCCAGGAACCGAUGAAAACACCAUCAUUGCUGGCAGGCCAUCGUCGGCGAGUCAAGGAAACAUACUGGAGGCAAUCAACCUAGCCGCUGCACAGUUUGCGCAAGACCAUAUUGACCGUGACCUGGUUCGGACUGGGAUCUCGGUGAUUGUGAUCACGCCCGGAACCGGAGUGUUUGAAGUCGAUUACAACAUGUUGAAAUUGACAACAGACACAUUGAUUGGUUCUGGUAUUGGCAUCGAUCUGGUGUGCCUGUCGCCUAUGCCUCUUCACUCAGUGCCGCUCUUCAGAUACCGGACUCCUUACAUCGUAUCGGAUACCCUGAAAAGUCAGGGAGAAGGCAGCUACUGCUCGACUGGAGUGGCGAGUGAGGUUGAUGAGAAAACCCCAAAGCAACAGGAGCCCAACUUCGGCUCCAUAUCUCGGACCGAUCUUGUAACUACUCCCCCUGGUAUCACAAGCCCGACGACUAUAAGGCCAGCAAAUAAUGUUGGAUGGAAGUUUGCAAUGCCGUACUGGGUAGAUGUAUCCUUUUGGUCAAGACCUUCGGACGACGUGCUCGAAUUGACGAAAUGGAGAACAGCAGACAGGGUCAUGAAACGCUCCCACAAGAAACGCCGAACAUUUGCCCUCAGAUGCAGACUGUACGAGCUGCAGAUGAUGGGUGUCAUCGAAAACGAGCUCGGAGAUAUCUCAUUGCCCUACUUGGAGGAAGACGAUCGCAAUACACGUAUCUCUGAACAGCCUGCACACGACAGGGACCACUCCAGAAAUAUAACCCUACAUGUUGCUAGCAGUAAUGUUGGAUCUUUUUCAUCAAAAGGCGAUCGGGACGUUCCCGACCCAAGAAAGGCUAUGUACAAGACAUGGAUGGAAGACUACGAUAGUGCGAUCUUCGCUCCCGCAAACGAACCAUCUUCCCAGGAUCGGCAACCCAGCGGGAAAGAGAGAAUACAAGAAGACCCACAACCCAAUGCGUCGUCUGGACCACUGAAGGAUUCUUUCUUGUCAAGCUCAUAUCGUAGUAGCCGAACAGCGAUGGACAGGAAUCCUCGAUUGUCUCCGGACAUGACCAAACACCAGGCCCCGUCCGCCAGAGCCAAAGUUACAGAGGAGCAAUCCCCUCGUGGUAGCUCUCACCGUUUUCCAGAAAAUGACCCGUUGGGUAUACCGCGGGCUGACGUGCGACGGCGGCAAAACCUCUUAGGAAACACAACAAUUGAGUCAUCUCGCCUCAUUGUGCAUCGUCGAGGUCCAUCUGGCGAUUCUAGUGUCAACGAAAGAUCGACCCACACCACACCAAACCGUUCGCCCGCGCCUAGUCGGGGGCACUCUCCACCAAGAAGAGCCGGCCUGUCUCCAAUGCCUGUCACUACUGGUCCAGCACCUGUGAGGGACCACCUCAAGUCUCGGCCAUCGAAUUGGUUUCUGAGGCAGAUAAGCUUUGGUGGAAAGGCUGCUCCAACCAAAGCCACCUUAGGGGACGCUACAACGGACAUCACACGAGGUAAAGUCAAGCCAGCUAUGCUUACGGUCGAGAAAAGUCAGAAGGGUGAAAUCGCAGCAAGACUAGCUAGCACCAGACUAGCCUCGUCCGAGAAGCCUUCUCAGCCAAUUGCCAUCAGGUCAUCUUCUCGUGCUGGUCUUUCGUCGACUGGCUCGCCGCCUGUUGAACAGGGCGGUCGCUCCGUCGAGACCGUGCGGGACCUGCGGACACGGCGGACGUCGGUACCAUCACACCCUAGCUCAGUCAAAAAAGACCCCGGAUCGACUUUCCUUAUUGCUGGCAAAGGAGACGCCAAGCCAAAUUUGGAUCUUUCCUCAAGCGGAGGAGCGAGAGAUGCUCCCAAGACGCUAUCGCCGACCAGUGCGAUUGCGCCAUGGGCCGUCCUGGUAAACCCUUGCAAUCCAAAUAAGAACGUGCUGAAUACUUUGAACCAAUAUCGUCGAUGGCAUCAUGUGUUCCCCAGGACCUUACGCACUGGCACCAUGAAAUGGAGGUCGCUCUGUUCGCCAGCUGCUGUGCCUUUGACGCAUGAAUGGUUUCCGACUGCAGCGCAGCUUUCAGCAGAAUACAACGAAAGCCCAUACAAGAUCACUCAGAACGAUGAUGACGAGACUGUGGAAUCCCCUAGGGGCAGAGAAACUCUGAUUCGCGAGCUUGUAGCAUUUCGCCUGUCACACGGUUUCCAGAUCUGUACUGGCUCUGCAGUGGCAGAGUUUUCCGGCAGACAGGGAAAGUCACUAGCAAGUAUUUUAGCUCCUGAGUAUAUGGCCUCGGAUGGCGACACAGUCUUCAUGACUGUGGGCACAAGCAUCCACCAGCUGGUCUGCGUUGCCGGCGGCGAAGUAGAAGUCAAGAGAUACCACCGGAAGCCUACUGCAGCAUUGGAGCCACCUGCAGGUAUCGAUAAACCCUUCUCCUACAGACCGUACAUCAGAACUGCUUUCGAGGAAACAUAUGACCCAAGGGACGUCAUACUACGCCCGCCACGGAAGGAAUCCAACUGGAACUUCAUCGACACUUUUCUCGCUGGGUAUCAAGAUGAGUUUUCUGACGUUUUACGCUUUUGGCGAGCACGGUUUGUGCUGAUUCCGGUCGAAAUACCGUCGGUUAACCGGCGAGCGAUGCCAAUGCUUAGUGAAGAUUCGGAGGAAGAGGUUCGCUUAGAGGGGAUCAGGAAGCUCACGCAAUUGUGGCAGAGGCACCGUUACUUCCCUCCAGAAGAGCGCUUUUCGCAGGGCACGUCUUCGUCUAAACAGAAAGACCCAAACCCCCUCGCCAUCGAGUAUCAUACUCGUGAUCCCUCAGCUGUGGUAGCUGCUGGUCCCGUGAACACACUCUACAAUACUUCUGACAAUGAGCUCUCGAGUGCAAUAGUCUUAGAUGCAGAUAAGUACACCACCUCCAACAUCGAUCUCAAGCAGCUCGCCGAAGAACUUCAGGGCGAUAAAGGCAUCCAAAUGCUUGAUCGACGCUGGCACUGGAAGCUGCACUACAACUGCUUCAUUGGCUUCGAUCUUACGAACUGGCUCUUGAGCAAUGUUAAAGAUAUCGAUAGUCGUGAAAGCGCAGUCGACUUCGGCAAUCAGCUGAUGGAGCGGGGGCUAUUUCAGCAUGUGCAACGACGGCAUCAAUUCCGCGACGGCAAUUUCUUCUUUCAAAUCGCGCCUGAAUAUCGGGCUCCACGACCAGAAUUGCGGGCUGGCUGGUUUGGUUUAAGGAAGGUCGACAAGUCUGUUCCCCUAACGCCGCUGCUUGAGGGACCAAGAACAUCACCACUCACGACUAAAGGCAUGAUGUCCAGACCAGGUACGGCAGAGUCAUCAUCUUAUGCUUCGGAAUCGACAAAAGAGGGCGAAAAAACACCCACACGAAGUGCUGCAGCCAAGAAAAAGGUCACUCUGUCACGUGCCAUGCGUUACGACGUCGACCCAAGAAAGCGCUCUUACCGUUCAGAAAUCAUUUCACUGCACUACGACCUUGUGCACAACCCAGACAACUGCUAUCAUAUUCGUAUUGACUGGAUGAAUGUCACGGCGAAGCUCAUCGAAGACGCAGUUGUCAGUUGGGCCACUAGCGUCGAGAAGUACGGUCUCAAGCUCGUCGAGGUCCCAAUCGCGGAGCUUGCCAAUAUCACCGACUACCACCCUUUCCGUUCACCAUACCACAUCAAGCUUGCAAUGCAGCCACCUCAGAAUCAAGUGGAAGCAAUGUGGGACUCUCUGCAUUUCUCGCCGCAAUAUUCGCGAACCGACAAGUUUGCAUAUCACAAGGCCUUGUUGAGGAAGCUCAAUUUCGUUCUUGACAUGGAAGCUGCGAGCGCUUUCGUUUCUGACACCGACGUUUCGUACUCGUGGGGCAAUCCUGAUUACAAGUACACGCAGUUCAUUCACCGCACCGGCGGCAUACUUGCUCAGAUCACAGAUGAUGGCCACUUCAUGAUCCUUGCGAAUCGUUUAGCGCACAGCCGUGCCAAAGAUGUGAGCAGGAUCCGUCCACUAGACCUCCACGAACACAAGAAGGUCACAAAUGAUGGCAGUCAAAGCAGCAGAAUACCUUCAACACCUACAGUUGAGCGCGCAAAUCCUCAUCGCAGUCCGUUCUCAAGUCCUCUAGCAAGACCUGUUCAGGACUCCAGCCUACUGCACACGGCAUUGGAGAAGCACGCUACAGCCUAUGCGCUGCCAACAGCACCGACGACACAGACCCCGGAGCAGGUCAAAGAUGAGCUGGAAGCGUUCUGCUCCAACCCUGCUUUGCUCUCACAAUUUUACAGUGAAGCGUUCAAGCAGGCGCCAUCGCCAUCUCCCCGCAUCUUGCCGGUGCUCGACAACAACAUCCCAAGCUUGGGACUGCCACCAGCGAUUAGUAUUCGCGAAGCCAGUCCUGCUAACAGAGACUGGUCACUUGGAUCCAGCAUCAUAGGCAGAGGUGCUGCAGCAGAAAGGAUUGGCGGCAUUAGCGAGAUGGCCUUCAAUCCGAGUGGUAUUGCAGGAAGGAGGCAAGGUAGUGAGGGCAGCAUGUCGACAUUGGGAAAGCGAGGAAGUAUUGCGGAGUCUAGUGCAGCGGGAAGCUUGCCUCAGAGGCAGAACAGUCAGGGAAGUGCUGGCACUGGGGUGUAGCGGAUGCUGUCUCUAUUCAUAUGUACCACGGUAGUGAGUGGAAGCAGCCUUUGUGCCAAGAGUAUUUGCCUUCGAUAUUGUCAAUCUCCUUCCCACCAAGCGUCCUCUACUUCCCGAUCAGUAUUACCUUUCCC